CUCUAUGUCGGAAGUGCCGUUUAGAGGGCGUGGCCAAGAGCGCACAAUGGGCCAUGGAGUUCCCGUUCGAUGUGGACGCCCUGUUCCCGGAGCCGAUUAUCAUACUGGAUCAGCACCUCCGUGCUCCGGCCCGCCGAACCGGAACCACUACCUCGGCUCGUUUUGAUCUCCAACAGCAAAUCAUGACUGUUGUCGAUGAACUGGGAAAGGCCUCAGCCAAGGCACAACAUCUUCCUGGUCCCAUCACCAGUGCUUCAAGAAUGCAGAGUAACCGACAUGUUAUGUAUGUGCUGAAGGAUACCUCUGCCCGUCCGGCUGGAAAAGGAGCUAUAAUUGGCUUUCUCAAAGUUGGAUAUAAGAAACUCUUUGUUCUGGAUGAUCGAGGGGCCCAUAAUGAAGUAGAACCACUUUGCAUACUAGACUUUUACAUCCAUGAAUCACUGCAACGCCAUGGACAUGGACUGAAUCUUUUCCAAUAUAUGUUAGAGAAGGAGCGAGUUGAACCACACCAACUAGCUAUUGACCGACCCUCAGAGAAAUUGCUGCGGUUCUUGAAUAAACACUACAACCUGGAAUCCACAGUGCCACAGGUGAACAAUUUUGUGAUCUUCGAAGGCUUUUUUGCCCACCAGCAUCGGUCCCCUGCUUCCUCUCUGAGGGCGAUUCGCUGCUCUCGUGCUGCCUCGGUUGAUAACACACCCAAUGCUCCAGCCAGAAAGCUGCCCCCGAAGAAGGCAGAAGGAGAGAUUAAACCAUAUUCUUCUAGUGAUCGAGAAUUUCUGAAGGUGGCUGUAGAACCUCCAUGGCCCUUGAACAGAGCCCCCCGACGUGCUACACCUCCAACUCGACCACCCACCCGGUCCAGCAGCCUGGGCAAUUCUCCAGAUCGGGGUCCCCUCCGUCCCUUUCUGCCAGAACAAGAGUUGCUAAGAUCUCUUCGUCUCUGCCCCCCCCACCCUACUGCCCGCCUGCUGCUUGCAACUGACUCUGGAGGCAGCCCAACCCAACGUAGGCGUACCAGUUCCCUCACUCGCCCUGAAAAUAACAGAUAUUGAUGGUUAUACCUCCUCACUUAAGACCACCUGAUUUUAAAAGGAUCCAUAUUCCCAUUUCAUCUUCCAGGAUGCAGUGGAGCCCUAAUACCUAGAAUCAAGUCUCCUAACUCCUUGCCAGGUUAAUCCAGCAGCAGAAUAACAAAUAUGCUAUUCCCAUCCCCAUUUUAUUAUUCCAGGAGAGGUAACUCUUAUUCUCUAAUUGGGUUGUGAAUACUUCUAACCAAUACAUGGAAGCUCUGCUGGAUUAACUAGCUAAUCCACUGAAACCCAGGAUCCCUCCAACCUAUACUAGAGUACAGGGGUUCUUAACCUUUUCUGUGUCAUGAAACCUCCGGCAAUCUGGUGAUCUAAUGGACCCGUUCUCAGAAUAAUUUUUUUAGUAUACAAAAAAACUGAAAAUAUAAUAAAAUACAAUUAUCAAGAUAGUUUUUAAAACUCACUUCACAGAUCCCAAAUCUGUACUUUAGAAUAACCAAUAGACUUAGCCCUCUUCUACCACAUAUUUGAAGGAUCAUUGUCCCAGAAACAGGUAUAUUUGGCCUAGUUUUCCUGUUUCCUGUGCAACAUUCCUUGGAGUUAGAUUCCCUUUUGGAUUAGUAGUAUUCCACUCUUUUGGCUUCCAAACUCUUCUUUUCCAUAACUCUAUCCCAAGGAGAGUCAUACUCUCUUGGGGCCCAUUUUUUAGGUAAACAGAUCCUUCUGAAAUUAACCUGAUUCCCAAAGGGAGCAUUCAACCUUGCAAAGUUCCUAAAUCCCAAAAGACAGUGUGGAAAAACCUGGAUUAUUGCUGUGUUGGGAUUUCCACAGAGAAAUCACUGCUACUACCACUUUAACAGCAUCCUCUUGGAGGAUCUUUCUUAAGGUCACCUCUGCUUAUUACAUACAAAGAAAUAAACCUUGUUCUGAAGGAUCGACUGGAUCCUAGUAUUUCCUCUUCCAUUUUUCCCAUACAACUAAUUAGAUGAUGGUAUAUGCUUAUUCCCUCAAAUUGUGUUGAGAUGAGUGUGUACCACUCCUUUCCCAACCUGUAUCCCCUCCUCAUCCAACCCACUUAUCCUCUAGCUUUCCUUUCCUCCCUUUUACUGAGAUAGGAAUCUCCUCCCUUUGUUUCUAGGCCCUUAGAGUAUAAUCAUAUACCCUGGGAUGGUAUAUAACCAUUCCCUCUUUCAUAUUCUGUGUGUGGUAGAUUACAUUGUGUCCCUAAUCUCUGGGGAGCAGGAUCCUCCCUAACCUCAAUGUUAUUUCAAUAAAGUGUGUAUCCUUUUGUGUGUUU